CGGGUGUUUGCUUGGCUUUCUCUCUGACAAAAAGAGAAAUCCAGAAACACGGCCAGCACCUUCCAUUUCGGUCCAGCCCCGCUUUGCAAUCACGCAGGCUGGUUCCAGCCUAUGCAGAGAGUUCUCCCCAUUCCUGGAGACAUCACCCCCGGUCCGUUGGCGCGGCCGGAUCGUCCCUGCUCUGGCAUCGCCAUGGCCCCCGUUUCCUUAAUUUGCUCUGAGACGGUGAGCAGGGUCAGCUCUGUCCUCAACCGAGAGGUGAAGCAAUUUGGGAAGAAAUACAUGUUUGAUGGGAAUGAGGAGACAUCUUGGAAUUCUGAUCAGGGCGCCACCCAGUGGUUGGUGCUGGAAUUUCCACGGACUGUCCAGGCGUCCCUUAUCCAGAUUCAGUUCCAAGGGGGGUUUGCCAGCCAAAAGUGUACCGUGCAAGGUUCCAGAAAAGGAGAAGAGCUUUCCCAGGUUGCUGAAUUCUACCCAGAAGAUACCAACGCUCUCCAGAGCUUCCCCCUGGAAGGAGCCCCCGCAGCAGAUAAACUGAAGAUCAGCUUCUGCAACAGCACGGAUUUCUUUGGCCGCAUCAUCGUCUACCGACUUGAGGUUCUGGGCAAAAGGUUCUAGUGCAAGACUGGGCUGCCGGGGACGAGGGUUUCCGUGGCAUCCGGGCGCAACGGAUCCCGACCGUCAACGGAUCCCGAAGCUGUGCUGGGCAUCAUUGGAGGAGACAGCCUUGUACAUACGACCAGCCCGUGAUUUUGGGAAGUAUUUACGAAGCCCUAAAGAACUAGGGAUGGGGAUACUGAAGGGAUUGUCUGGCAGGGACCUGCUCAUCAGGUGACAACCGUUCCAGUGGUAUGGAAGACUUUAGGAUCCUCAGCAUUCCAAUUUUUGGCAUUCUGAUGUGAGCUUAAAGAAUUUACUAAUAUCUCGUUUACCUUCCACCAGCCCCUUGGGGAUUUCAGUGCCUCCUGGAAACAAACUUUUUCCAAUAAAUAUUCCCCGAAAGGAAA